AUGCCAUCCGUAAAAAUUGAUUGCUCUCAACUGCAUAAAAUUUUAUCGAACUCUGAAUACCCGCAAGACUCAGUUAUUGCGACACCACAUGGUCUUGUAGUCGUAGAAAUUCAAGGGGUUCUGAAUCUUCCAACCGAAGUGACAAGUAAAUUGAAUGAGGAAAGAACAGACUCCAAGACGAUUAUUGAAGACAAUUUGAGCGGAGUUUUACCAGACGAACUGUCUCAGCAAGAAAAGGGACAAGCCGAUAGGAUGGCGAUCAAGAUCGGAGAGUUACAAUUCUCCGAGGGCUCUGACCAAGUAACCCUUUUAGUUAAUAAUACUCAAAGAUUAAAUGGGACAGUUGAAAAGCUUAACCCUCCGUUGGGCCUUUUGAAAUUCACCAAUAGUGUGCAUGAAAGUGGAAAACAGGUCCACCUCAUUGAUAUCAUUGAAAAGAAAUGUGUGUUCAAGACUCGACCCUUGCCAGUUUAG